CGCAAUUAAACUAGGAGAAGAAGAAGCGAAACUUCACCGGAGUGACCGAUCCUGCGCAGGCCUGGCUCAUCUCAAACUAACCUAACAUCCUGAAGCUAACAACGUUAAGGGACCUACACCUGUUUACUGGCCCGUUGACAGAGUGGUGUAUACUUGGGGGCGCACAGGUGGUAGCUUGGGUCCUGCGAUCGCGACAGCAUGGCGGCCGCUGCAGCGCCAGUGUGGGACGAGCACCAGGCAUACGAGGAGCUGCUGUACUGGGACAGCCUGAUACAACAGGGACACCGCCUCCAUCCGCAUGAUUUCGACAGAUAUGAGGAGUUGCGUUACUGGUAUGACUGUCUGUGCUAUGAAGAGGAGCUUAGACAGUACCAUGACUACAUUGCUGCUAUCGAGCAUAUGGAGGAUAAACGUUAUCGUGAGGAAUCUGCAACAACUCACGUACAGGCGGGCCCAUAUGAUCGCUACGUGUUGGCCAAACAUUCUGAAGUGUACCCCCCAACAGAGGAGUUGGAGGCAGUACAGACAAUCGUCUCCCAUGUGGAGUGCGCUCUCAAGACUGUAUCUGACCAGAUGGAUGCUCCAAAAGAUGACGAAGCAAAUACAGAAGCACAGAGUGAUGGCUCACAAGAGCGUGUGCUGCGUGGGGUUAUGCGAGUUGGUUUGGUGGCUAAGGGACUCCUUCUGAAGGGGGACAAGAACGUGGAGCUGGUGCUGCUUUGUUCCAACAAGCCUACAGUUACUCUGCUGAAACAAGUGGCCGAAAAACUCUCUGCACAGUUAGAGACUAAUUCACCUGAGACAUAUGCAGUCAGCCAGUGUCCAGGAGAUGCAGCCAUUGUUGUUACGAGCACCAAGGAGUCAGUUCUGACUCUUAUUAUCCACCUGACAUCACCUCUUGUCAGGACAGUGCAAGAGAGUGAAACUGCUGAAGAAGAAGCAGACGAAGAAGAAGUAGAAACGCGAACAGUCAACGAUCCGCCGGACGUUCUGGACAGGCAGAAAUGCCUAACUGCCUUGGCGUCUCUCCGCCACGCCAAGUGGUUCCAGGCAAAAGUUAACACCCUGAAUUCUGCCGUCGUUGUGAUCCGACUCAUGAGGGACUUGUGUAACCGCGUUCCUACCUGGACGCCACUCUCAGGAUGGCCACUUGAACUGCUAGUGGAGAAAGCUAUUGGUACAUCUGAGAGAUCACUGGGAGCGGGCGAGGCCCUCCGCAGGGUUUUAGAGUGCGUAGCCUCAGGAAUACUUAUGGAAGAUGGCCCUGGAAUUAAAGAUCCUUGUGAAAAGGAAGCUGUUGAUGCCAUUGGCUAUUUGACUAGGCAGCAGUGUGAAGACAUCACACAGAGUGCUCAGUUUGCCUUGAGGCUGUGUGCAUUUGGACAGAUGCACAAAGUGUUGGGGAUGGACUCUAAACCUCUGAGGUCACGAAAAUCGCUGGGAGCAAAUUACAGAGAUGGCAUGGCCCAGAUACCACCUGUUGGACAACUGAACCUGCCAGCUAAGAGACCUUUCACAGACGUGGACACAGGAGAAGAAGACACACACCUCAACAGCAAACAGAGAAAGUUUCUCAAGUUCCAGAAACGCUUUCAGAAGAAAUCCUUCACCGAUGAUCUUACCAUGAAUGCCGUGAUGCGUCUGAACCAGUACAGACCUGGUCUGGAUUACAGACUUACAUCUCAGACUGGCCCAGUUCACGAGCCGGUCUUUACAAUGGCUGUCGAUCUAAAUGGAAAGACGUACGAGGCAACGGGGCCUUCCAAACGUGCCGCUAAGCUUAAUGUAGCCACAAAGGUACUGCAAGAUCUCGGUCUUCCCACAACUUCUGAAUCUAAAUCAGAGCCCAGUAGUGAAAAUGAAGGAAGCCAGGACUCUGUUAAAGCUGUUGCACCGACUUCUUCUACAUCUGAAGAUACUGGUCAGGGUCCAAUCUUAACAAAAAAUGGCAAGAACCCUGUGAUGGAGCUGAACGAGAAGCGCCGCAGCCUGAAAUACGAGCUGUCGGCAGAGACGGGUGGCUCCCAUGAAAAGUGUUUUGUCAUGGAGGUGGAAGUUGAUGGGCAGAAGUUCAAAGGACGAGGCUCCAACAAGAAGGAAGCAAAGGCCUACGCUGCCCUCGCUGCUUUAGAGAAGCUGUUCCCAGAUGACAGUGAACUUUCAAAUAACAGAAAUCCCUCAAAGAAGAAAGUCACCUACACUGACAUGCACAUCCCAGGAUUCGGCACCAUCCGCGGCAUCCCUUCAGACUCAGGGUCCCGUGGCUGGGGUCCCCACAGAGGGGGUCGGGGCAGGGGUCGAGGCAAGCAGUUUCCAGCAGGACCCAGCUAUAACAAGACCAACUACAGUUAUGAGAGCAGCACUGGCACAGGCUAUCAUAAAUUAUAUGGCAAUAAUGGAGCCACUGCCACAGCCAAAGGUACCGCCCCCACCACCUCAGCCUACGGCACCUUUUACCCCGAAAGCACCACCAUCACGUACUCAUCCCCACCCGUCUCCAGCUCCAACACCAGCACCACGAAGGAAGAAAGCUACCAGUCAAUGCCGCCUCCUGCUGAUCAGGAGAGUCCGUACAGCUACGGCUACGGAGAUGAGAAGAGAAAGAUGCUGACCCAAGGUGGAGACUACUCUAUGUACAGCACCGCUUACCCCAGCUCUGUCACCGGGGGACAGAGUUAUAAUAAUUAUGGCUGGGAAAACCAGUCGUCCUGGGGGAAUCAGGGGUACAGCAUGUACCAGGGAUUUGGAGGACACACCCAGGGCUCAUACUCUGGAUACGGCGACAUGAAUUACUGAUCAUAACAUCACUGGUGCUUUUUAUUAUGCUUACAUGACUCCCUUUUUUUCCUCAUGUCUUGACUGCUUCGAGCAAUGCUAUAAGGAAGGAUAGGCCUGUUUCCCAGCUCUGAGCUCCUGCAGAUGCCUCCUCAUUUCCUCAAGGUGGGAUUUAAGCAGUUCAGAGUUCCUCUGUGAUGGCAGAGGGGGAGGGGAAAGAGUGCAAGGAAGCAUGUCAGCAUAAUGAAAUAUGCAGUCUUUCCCACCUUGAUGAUUAGGGAUCAUCCUGAGGUACCUCUCUUAAAAAGAAAUAAAAAAAGAAAUGCUGGUGUUUUCUCUGAAACUGGAAUUCUGCUGAUCUUGUUUGAUACUCUUAACCUCAGUUGUCAGUUCUUUUGACAAACCAGUAAGCCAGUUUUAAGUUACGUUUCUUUUAUCUGUAGCCUUCAUCACGUCAAUGUUGACAUGAGUGUUACGUUGGGUUGUUUUGUCUUUUUAAUGUAGUGUACUGGUUCUGUAUCAGUAUAUUUUUUUUAUGUAAAGCUGCUUGUUGUUUUAAACUGAAGUCCUUUCUGUCUCAUAAAAACGCUCUAAUCCUUGUACAAAUAAAUGACUUAUUUUGGA